AAGGAACAGAACGAAAAGGAGGAAGAGGAGGUAAACAAUCCUGGUGUGACGUGGAGAGACCGGACUCUUCCAGACGGACCUGUUCAGCCGCGUUUCUCUGACAUUUCUGCCCCUUUAAGCGGCUCAGGCUCCGGGAGGAACCUCAAUGGGUUUGGUCGGCGCUGCCUAGACGCCGGGACUCGCCGCGGUUCGACCACAAGCUUCGCCCCAAAAAGCGAGAAGCCCCCGGGAGGAAAAAUGGCCGAAGCAGAGGAGGCCAGCAAGCCGUUCGCGGGGCUGUCGGACGUGUCCAUCUCGGAGGACAUCCCCGUGGAGGGCGACAUCUCGGUGCCGGUCGGCUCCUCCAGGCAGGACGACGAGUUCUCCACGCUGGACGAGCCGGUGAAGGACACCAUCCUGCGGGACCUGAAGGCGGUGGGCAACAAGUUCGUCCACGUCCUGUACCCGAAGCGGAGCUCGGCGCUGCUGCGGGACUGGGACCUGUGGGGCCCGCUGCUGCUGUGCGUCGCCCUGGCGCUGAUGCUGCAGGGCGGCGCGGCGGACGGCGCGGAGGACGGCGGCGGCCCGCAGUUCGCCGAGGUCUUCGUCAUCGUGUGGUUCGGCUCCAUCGUCAUCACCCUGAACUCCAAACUGCUCGGCGGCACCAUCUCCUUCUUCCAGAGCCUGUGUGUGCUCGGCUACUGCAUCAUGCCGCUCACCGUGGCCAUGCUGGUGUGCCGGCUCGUCCUGCUCGGCGGCUCCGGUACGGCGAGCUUCGUGGUCCGCCUCGUGGUCGUGUCCGCGUCGUUCGGCUGGUCGACCUUCGCCUCCACGGCCUUCCUGGCGGACAGCCAGCCGCCCAACCGCAAGGCGCUGGUGGUCUACCCGGUGUUCCUCUUCUACUUCGUCAUCGGCUGGAUGAUCCUGACCUUCUCCACCUCCCAGUGAGGGAGAGAGGCUUCAUUGAAGUAGAGCUGCAACUAAUAACUAUCAUUCUCACUGUCGACUGAGAAAACUGACUUUUUCACUUCUUUAUUUCAGCACCCAAAUUAGCAGAAAAAAUGAGAAAAAGGCUGGAAGUUUAGCAAGAAAAGCAGUAAAACAUCGCUGGAAAACUGACAUCAAAAUGUAUAUACAUAUAAAGUUACAUUGAUAUGUGUGUGUGUGUGCAUAUAUAUAUAUAAAUAUAUAUAUAUAUAUAAAUAUAUAUAUAUAUAUAUAUAUAUAUAAUAUAUAUAUAUAUAUAUAUAUAUAUAUAUAUAUAUAUAUAUAUAUACAUACACACCCGUAUUAGAAAAUUAUUUUUUAAAUUAUUACUAAUUAUUUAAAUGAUUAGAAAAUCACCGUAAAAGUACUGAAAAUUGUAAAAAAAAAAAAAAAAAAAAAAGAGAGAAAGGAAAAAAAUCAAAAAAAUAAAAUUAGCAAAAGGAAUAAAGUGGAUUUUGUUCAGACUGACAAAAUUUCACGGGAGGUCAGCAGAGCCCACAGUGAUGUUUUCAUAUAGUUUGGCCAGCAGUUGAAACUUAAAAAAACAACAACAAAUUUUGUAAUGAGCAGGACCAAGAUAAGUAGGACAGUCUUUAGUAGAGCUGGAGUCAAUGAGUCUUUGGCAUUUUUUUUCUUUUUAGCUGAUAAAUGGCAAAAAAAAAAAAAAGAUAAACCGGGAUAUUGAAG